UAAAAUUAUUCUUGGCCUCUUUAAAUAGCACAGUAUGUCAUACAAAGUCAGUUCAACCAGAUGAAAAAGCUCAAAGAGGAAAAAGAAAAAAAAGGGGAAAAAACCCCCAACCCUUCUGUCUAAUCCAACUGAAUUAGAGGAUUUCCAAGUGGAUUUAGAACUAAAUCUUGAUUAGGGAGAAUUUCUCUCCAAGAGCUGCUGCGUGAUAGUAUUAAUGGGUAACGAUCAUGGAUAGAGGAAAUAGGACAGAAAUAACCGAGGGUUACACAUACACACGCACACGUCUGUUCGUGAAGCGAAAGAAUCAGGGGACUCUCUCAGGAGGAAAACAAAAACCCCCAACACCGCAGUGACUGAGAGACUUAGGGGACGACUGGAAGAAGACCUUAUACAGUGGAUCCCUGGAAGUGAUCCCCAUGCUGUUAAGACACAGGCUUGGUGCUGCAUAUGGGAUCCUCUCUCUGAUGACUGUGGCUUUUGUUCUUCCAGUGGCUUCUGGUCUACAGUGCUACGGCUGCAAUAUUAUCGUUGGCACAAAGUACGUUGACAUGGGCUGCUCCAACCCAGAAGUGAUUACCUGCUCCCAGUCUCACCAGGGCUUCAAACACCGGUUCUGCAUUAAAACGGAAAGCGUGGUACUGGGAAUCCUGCUGACCAGUGGCUGCGCCACGUCCCGUCACUGCCAACAGCAGGAGCUGCCGGGUGUGCGGAUCCAUUGCUGUGACGCGGAUCUGUGCAAUGGCUCCCCAAGACCUGCCCUCCCACAUUACACCCUGUCCAGCUGCUGCCUCCUGGUGUCCUCAGUCAUUGUGGCCUUCUUCCUCCUCUGAGAUCCCAGGGCCAGCCAUCUCCUGAGCAUGGGCCAAUGGGGAGAAGGCAUCUGCCAACUGGCACGAACACUUCACGGUUCUAACAUGUUAGAUCUGAAAGAAAACCCAUGUUCUUUUUCUCUUCUCUCUCAAUAAA